CUAUGUGGGAGUUUUCUAUGCAGCCACAGCUUCAGAGACAAAGCUGAUUUAUCUCUUGAGAAGUCGUCUAUUGCAUGGAAAAGUGGGAUGACUAUAUCGAUGUGAUCUCUCCCGAUCUACCAAAAUGGAUGAUUUGGUUGUUCUUGAUCUGCUGGACUGCCCCGUGUGCUUGGGAAAAUUGGAUGCGACUGCAAAGGUGUUGCCCUGCCAGCAUACCUUCUGUCAACCAUGCUUGCAGCGGAUCCUGAAAGCUAGGAAAGAGCUAAGGUGUCCUGAAUGCAGGACCCCAGUACAUUGCAGCAUAGGAGAGCUGCCAGCAAACUUGUUGUUAGUACGCCUACUGGAAGGUAUAAAAAGUGGGAAAGGCCUGAUGAGAAAAAAAUCCUUUCAAAGAAUGGGAGGGCUUUUUGCCCAGGACUCCUUUAGGAAGACUCGAGAACAGAAAGCAAACCAUGAAUCAAACUACAGGCUGUUUCCAAAGAACAGGAUGCCUUUGGAAGGGGCUCCACGUGCAAAAGCUGUGCUGAGCCACAAAGGACGAUCUCCCAGUGACUUGUCUUUCAAUAAGGGAGAUGUUAUUAUCCUACAAAAAAAGUUGGAUGAGAAUUGCUAUCAUGGAGAAGUAAAUGGAGGGAGCGGAGUCAUUCCUACAAGCUCAGUAAAAAUUCUAAAGAAAAUGGAUCCACCUCUGGCACUUUGCAGAGCUCUCUAUAACUUUGAUCUGAAGGAUAAAGAAAAGUCAAAGAACAAGGAUUGCUUGAAAUUUGCAAAGGAUGAUAUAAUUAGUGUGCUUCGGAGAGUUGAUGACAACUGGGCGGAAGGCAGGUUGGGUGAUCAAGUGGGCAUUUUUCCCCUGCUCUUUGUAGAGCUGAAUAGCACUGCCAGGCAACUUCUGGAAUCAAAUAAAUGUAAGAGGAAAGAUGCAAAUAAGAUGGCCCUCACCCCAUCUCCACUAAAGAGGUCUCCUUCCAAUGUUACAUCUGAAUCUGCAGCAAUGCGCCAGGUGCCAGAGGGCAGGAGAAAAAGGCAGUUCCUGAUCACAAGUGCCCUAAAUACACUAAACAAGAUUGUACAUUCUCCAUCAGGAAGGCACAUUCCAGAAAUCAGCAUGCCCAUACUCAUCAGUUCAAGCAAUACAGCAAUGAUUGAGAAGGCCAGAUUCCUGUCCAAUACACCUAACCAGGCCAGUGGCUCAUUUUACUAUGCCACAUUGGGUUCACAAGGGACAGGUCCAUCACUAGUUGCGGUUCCAAGCAGUCAUCAUAAUGUUUUGGCCAACAUGUGUAUUGCUGUCCAUCCAUACACUGCUCAUGGACCAGAUGAAAUAGAUCUGCAAAAAGGAGAAGGUAUUCGUGUUCUGGGAAAAUUCCAAGAAGGCUGGCUCCGAGGAAUCUCAUUAGUCACAGGAAAAAUUGGUAUCUUCCCCAGCCAUUGUGUUCAUCCAGUAUCAAGCAAGAAACCUUCAAACUAUCCUGAUGCAAGGCUUCCUUCUCAGCAGACUAAAUGGAUUUCCAGCAAUGCCUCUGUGUCUUCACAAAGCAGCGUGUCAGAAACUGGAAUCAGUAGACCUGUCAGGUCUUUUCAUGUGCCAACUGCUGUGGUGGAGCCGGUGAAAAACACAACACCCUCCUCCUCUCUGGUACCCAUGAUGCUUCUACGGAGGAACAGCAGCUUGAAGAAAAAUUUGCCUCUUCAGAAGACAAUACAAAGCAACUCAGGAUCCCAGCCUGUGGGCACCAUCACCAGGUCACCCUCUAUGGGUACUCAGCCUCAGCAGAUCAUUAUCAAUGCUUCUCAUUCCAAUGUAGGAGCCAGUGCUGAAACCCGUACCAGGCCAAAUUCACUGUAUGAUGCUCUACCCAUUUUUAGUAGACCCGUGGAUUAUAGAAGAUUUUCGGCUGCCAGUUCAAUUGCUUUGGAGCCCAGAGAGCUGAUAACCAGAAACAAUUCAACACUGAAAUCUCCGAUUUCUGCACCUCCAUCUAUUUUGGUGAAGCCUGACACACCUAAAAGUGGCGUUGAAAAGCAGGUAAAAACUGUUAGAUUUAUGAAUUUUAGUCCUCAAACCUUGAAACGCCAAAGUGUUGUAUUUGAUGUGAAAGAUGAGGAAAUUUCCAGCCAGAAUAUCAUGUCUGAAAACUUGCGGCUUGGGGAAUCCACCUUGACUGUACCACUACGACCCAAUCCCGCCUUGGCCCAUAAGACAGAAGGCCGGAAAAUACAAAAGCUUAGGAGUAUUGGCAACGAUGUAACACCUAUCCCUCCACAAUCAACACUCUCUUUUCCCAAAAAACGGACCCACAAUGAUAAUUCAAACAGGACCAGCGCAAUCUAUCAAGCUCAAGAGAUCCCGUCAACUUAAUGCUUCUGCUUUGAUUUAACUUGGCCUGAUUUUUUUUCCACCUUGGCACAUUAAAUUAGAUUCUGUGUCUGAGAGUUUCACUAUAAUUUUCUCAUCAAUCCAUUUUGUCACACUGGACAGACUUACCAUGACAAACAAAGGAUCACUGGCACCUUCAAUUAUGAAUGUCUCUUUUAAAUCCUCAUUCUUAUUAUCAAGACAAGUCUGUGUCAGGCAUGCUGUCAUGCUCUUUGCUACAUGAAGAUAUAUAGUGGAUAUUUUUGACAAGCUGACUGGGUUAUUUUUCGCUGUAGGAAAUAGGGUCACUUACUCAACAAGGUGAAAGAAUGAAAAUAGUUAGAUGUUCCUCUCCAUUUAGAUGACACAUCUAAAGUUUUUUUGUUUUUUUUGUUGCCUGGCAAACUUGACUUUUUUGCUUUAAUGUAUUUUUUUAUGCUUUUCAAAGAUUUGCACUAAUUUUAGAAUGUAAUUUCACUUUAAUGCCAAUUAGGUGUAGUGGCUUGUAUAUCAGCAAUUAAAUAUAGGAAAAGGUAACUUCUUU